GACUAGUUUUCACAAGCACUCUGUUGUGGUACUGUACUGUCAUGACUACGUCGUGGGUUUUACAGUGCAAGGACUUAUCUAACACUGAUUUGGUUCAUAUCGCCAAACUUGCUGAGCAGGCUGAACGAUAUGAUGACAUGGCGGCAGCUAUGAAGCGUUAUACCGAGGCUUCGGGGAAUUUAGGGAACGAAGAACGGAAUUUACUGUCGGUGGCAUAUAAAAAUGUUGUGGGUGCUAGAAGAUCAGCAUGGAGAGUGAUACAUGGAAGUGAGAUGAAAGCGGUAAAUGACUGUACCAAGAAACAAAUAGCAGAAGAGUACCGUAUUAAAAUGGAAAAGGAGUUGAACACUAUCUGUAAUCAAGUUUUGGCUCUACUUGAGGAUUAUCUGCUUCCAAAUGCAAGUCCCGAUGACAGCAAAGUUUUCUUUCUGAAAAUGCAAGGUGACUACUACCGGUAUCUGGCUGAGGUUGCCACUGAUGAUGCUCGAACAGAAGUGGUACAGAAAUCAUUGGAUGCCUACACGAAAGCUACUACGGCUGCCGAAAAUUUACCUACCACUCAUCCUAUCCGUCUUGGUUUAGCUCUUAACUUCUCUGUGUUUUAUUACGAAAUACAAAAUAAUUCUGCUAAGGCGUGCGAUUUAGCUAAAUGCGCCUUCGAUUCAGCAAUAGCAGAACUAGAUCAGCUUCAAGAUGAUUCCUACAAAGACAGCACACUAAUUAUGCAGCUUCUAAGAGACAAUUUGACGGUAAGAUUUCUAUUAGUUUUUCUAAUAUGACUAAUUAGUUGUGGGCCAGUGACCAAACAGCUGAGGGAGAUGUUGAAAAUGACGGCUAAACUAUGUUCUGUAAUAUUUAUUAUAGCCCUCAUGUCAUACAAGAUCUAUGUCAAUUUUCUGAUUGUUUACCGUUAUUUUGUACUUACUGAUGGGAGUUACGGUUCUUUGGUGUAAGUUUCUCAUGAGUUAUUAUGUAAAACCGUGUACCACAGUUAACUGACAUGUAGGGUUGCACAGAUUGAUCAGUUACUAGUCAGUGUUAAAAGGAUCGUAAAACAUAAAGCUUGGAGCAGGCUAUUCGUGAGUUAGUUGGAUGUUCGAGAAUUGUGGGUAAAAUAAAGGAUAGAAAGCAACUUAGAACUAACAGGCUUCCAUUACUUUCCUUCUCCGUGGUUUUAGCAUGUGCAUGUUAAUUCGUGGACUUAUAAUGAACACCGAAUUCUGUUGCGUGUAGAUUUCUGGUUUGAUUUUCUUAGCUGGUUUGCCUGACCCUACAUAUAGCCUUAAGGUCUACUGUCUGGGAGGUCCUAACUACAGUUGACUGUGUGUUCGGGACAGGACCAGUAUCGACCUCACGUUUUUUUGGAGAACUUUCCAAGGUAACACACGGAUUUAGGCGUUUAUGUAUAGAGUGCAUCUUGUGCUACCAAGAUAACUUAAGGUAAUAAACUGCGUGCAUUGUGUUGACGUAAAGAGAGUUUAUCAUUAAGCACCUUCGUGUCAGUUUAAGAACCUCACAGAGUAGGUUUUUCUGGUUUCGGACGUUUGUUGUGGAAGUAGCCUUGGAGAAAAGCAGGACAGUCAUUGGCAUCUACACUGGGCGACUUGGGGUCCGGGUGAUUGUCGUAUCCAGUGGUCAGGAACUUUGACGACGGUUAAAAGUCGUUUGCAGUGUUAUGCUUGCAUUCACGUUAUCCUAUUCUAAGUUAUAAGCUUCUGAAUUUCCCAUACAUUCUUUCCAGCAUAGAUUUUCUUGAGUCGUGUCUUGGAUGUCUAGUCUGCUAUUGCUUUUAAUACUGCUACUACAUCUACUUUCAGAUUUGCCCUAACAACUCAUGCUGUGCUAAAGGUUUAUGGUACUGAUGUGCAUAUGUACUAAUAUUUUGCGCUUCGGUGAUAGACAUCCUAGUUGAUUUGGACAUUCGUGUCCUAGAAAUUCUUAUUACAAUAUUGCCUAUUUCCCAAUGAACCUGAAACGAUGACCACUCUAAUUAAGUAUUCGCCGGGCUCCCUCUAACUCAUUAUUAGUGUUGCUAGUGCAAAUCCAUUCAACCGUAAGAGUCGAACGUAGAAUAAGUUUAUUUUCUGACUCAAAGCCACCUAACUGUAAGAAUGCUUGGUAGUGACGGCAGUUUUUGUAAUGCCACGAUGGAUAGCUGUGUGGUGAUAAACUGGAAUUCGAUCGAUUUCCAGGAGUCUUUGUGUGUGUGUUGAGGAGUAUCUUUUGCGUUUUGUGGUUAGUGACAGGUCUGGUGUCCGGGGGCUUAUAUUAGUGGCUUUGAAUGGUCCUAGGGUCGUUUCUAGUGGCACAGUUACAUUUGCUACCUGUCACUUCGAACCCAAGUUCUCUGUAUCACUUUCUGUUUCUUGCCUAAUACUGAAACUGUUACUACCCCUCCUACUCUGGGAUUUUUCUCGGUAAUUUUAUCUGGCUGUGCUAACCUGGUUUGUUAACACUAAGUGUUGGAAACGUGUGUCAGAUUGCAAAUAGCUGAGUAGUUGACGUAAAUGACCUACUUGUAGCCAGUAAAACCGAAGCAACAUCUAACUUACCUGGAGCACUGAAUGAUUGAAUGAGUACAGGUUCCCCAUGAAUUAGUAAGUGAGUUUAGGACGGUCCAUCGUUCUUUAUGUAAGUUACUAAAGAACCUAGAUGACGUACAGAGUACCGACGACUACUUGCUGUUUGACCUGUCCGAAAGCUACAUGGUUUCUUGGGAGUCAUCCCCAACUUUACUAUUCUACAGUAUUGAUGGGUUACUUACAAGACUGAUCAUGAACACUUCGUCCUUCACCUGAAAUUAAGCAGUCAUUUGAAGCUAUAAUGGACAAGCUAAACACAUAAGCAGUACUAGCAGUUAUGACUGACCAGACGCAUUUAGCCGUACUAAAUAAAGAGAAUAAAAAAUUGGAAGCACUGACCGCUCCCGAACACUACACUGCAUGCAAACGGCGACUAUUGUCGUCCUACUUGGAUGUGAAACACUCAAUAGAUUUUAGGAGAAAAUAGCUUGACGGUACUUACUGCCUGCGAAUUGUUAUCGGAGGCUUCAGUAAAGAUUCAUGAUAAAUAGGGUCCGCGCGAAAUACACCAGCUUGAGUUCAUUUCACAAUUCUUAGUAAAAGGUAUGUAAAAGGUGAUAAAAACCACAUUAGGCUCAUCAAUUUCGAUAGCCCAUCUGACUCAAUAAUAUGUUAGUCCUCUACAUAUGUAUCACGGAUUAAUCCUCUACAUAAUCUAGGACUUAUCAGGUAUUCACAACGCGGGAUUGAAAGUCAGAUGCGAAAUGUUUGGAAUAUCAUGUAGAUCACUAACAUAGAUGAUCUGAGCUGAAUGAGUAGGGGCGUACUGGAGUAAGGAGGGAGUAGUGUGACGAAACGGGUAGCUUUGAAGUUGCACUUAACGUGGAUUGCCGUUUCAUCGUACCACGGUACUAUGGCUGCUCUGAAGACCGUGUAACGCAAAGGAUGUUAUUAGAGGAGUGUAUUAGAAAGAGUAGGUUGAGGAAUAAAGUGCGACCAUCACCGCAUUGGCCAGUCCAUUGCGUGUAAUCAACUGAUGCGUGUUGGCUGUCUCUGAACUUGAGGAGGAUGGGUGAACUUUCAGGCAUUUAGUAACACGACCGCCGGGUGAUUUGGUAAGGGUCCAGUGACAUUUCAUUUGCUCUACACGUGUGUCAAACAAAUGUAUUGCGAGACCGAGAGAGUAAGCAUUCGAACUGAGUUGGGAAAUUAGCAUACCACCCGGUUCAGUGAGUAGGCUUAUGCCUUAGUUGUAUAUAGUUCAAGCAAACAAACACUGAAUAAAAUAAGGAAGUAAGUGCAGGCAAGCUGACUAAUUCCACCUAAAACGGACGAUAUGGUCAAUUGGAUUAAUAUGGACACGAAUUUUAUAUGUAUGGAAGGUCAGACUUGCUCGUGAGUAUCAUGAGAUUAUCGGAAGGAUAGCGAUGACUCGCUCGUUACGUGCUCUAUGGUUUUAUUUUCAUUCAAACAGUGAUAUAUGUUGAUAUACGCGAAUCAGUAUAGUCUAAACGAAGCGAAAUCCUGUGUUCAUUCUGAUUUCUAACUGACUUGUCUGUGGGGUUUUGGAGAAGCGUUGAUGUUCUGUGUUUAUCGUAUUGAAUAACGUUCAGGCGUAAUACAACACAUCGUUCAACUGAUAGCUGUAGUCGAGUUGCCUUAGAUUCGGGAGUUAUACGGCUAGCUCCUUGGGUGAAAAUCGAUUUGACGUUAGUAACAAAAACAAAAACUCUCUCUGGGGCUUCUGACGGUCGCAAUCUUGGAUGAGCGUGAGAGCUGUCCAUGGGAUAGCGUCCUCAUCUUGUAGAAGACUAAAACACUAACCAGAAGAAAUAAUGCAAAUUAUUUAAGUUCCACUCUGGGAGUUAGGAGGUCUUCAUUUAGAAGAGUUCUGACGUCCCUUCAUGAAUUCCGAAUUCCUUCGGAAGUCAGUAGGCUGAUGUCCUGACAUCCGGAGCAAUCAUUAAUUUAAGUACAUGUAAUGUUCGUACAAGGUGCGAGACCACGAAAGUCAUCCAAGUAGCUGCAGAGAUGAGAAGAUACAAAAUGGAGCUGCUUGGAAUCAGUGAAACACGUUGGACCCAUGUUGGACAACAAAGACUAGAUUAUGGAGAGCUGCUGAUAUACUCAGGUCAUGAAAAAUAAAAUGCUCCACUUACACAAGAAGUUGCACUGAUGUUAUCCAAACAAGCGCCAAAAGCACUUACAGGAUGGGAAUGUCAUGGAUCCAGGAGCAUCAAAGCCUCCAAAACAAAGAAAGGGCAUUAAAUUGAACGUCAUCCAAUGCUAUGCGCCUACCAACGAUCACAAUGAAGACGUUAAAGAUCAAUUCUAGGAUAGGCAGCAGUCAAUCGUUGAGAAAUGCCCAUUGUGAUGGGAGACCGAAAUGCCAAGAACCAAGAGGGGAGCUAAUAUAACCUCAGAUCGUCACUUUCUGGUCACCAAGAUGAAGCUGAGACUGGACAACAUCACAAAAGUUUAGUACGGCCUUUCUUUUGGGAUACUGACAGACUCAGCAAAUUCAAGAUAGUCCUAAGCAAUAGGUUGCAGGCCUUUCAUGGGCUGCUCAAUGGAGAGGGAACUUCUAUAGAGAACAACUGGGAGGCAAACACUUGAACAUGUCAUGAGGUUCUAGGCAACAAGGAAUGGGUUAUUGUUGAUACACUGGAUAAGAUUCAAGAAAUAAGGAACAAGAAGGCAGCAAUCAAUAUCAGCCGAGCAAGAGCGGAGAAAGCCAAGGUGCCGGCUGAAUACACAGAAGCAUACGAGCAAGUGAAGAAGAGCACCAGAGCCAACAAACGUAAAUAUAUGGAAGAUCUAGCAAUGACGGCUGAAAAGGCUACAAGAGAAGGAAAUAUGAGAAUUGUAUGACACAACAAAGGAGCUCUCUGGAAAUUAUUACAGACCGGAACGAUCAGUGAAAAUCGAGGAAGGCAAAGUAAUCACCAACAUUGAAGAACAGCGAAACAGGUGGGUAGAACACUUCAAAGAACUCUUGAAUUGACCGGCCCCACUGAACAUUGGAGCAAAAACCACGGACCUCCCAAUCGAUGUUGGCCCACCAACAAUUGAAGAAAUCAGCAUGGCCGUCAGACAAAUCAAGAGUGGCAAAGCAGCAGGACCAGACAACAUUCCAUCAAAGGCUCUGAAAGCAGACGUAGCAGUAACUGCAUAGAUACUCCAUAUUCUCUUCAAUAAGAUUUGGGAUGAGGAACAAGUACCGAAAGACUGGAAAGAAGGACUCCUGAUCAAAAUACCGAAGAAAGGCGAUCUCAGCAACUGUGAUAACUACAGAGGCAUCACUCAUCUCUCAAUACCGGGAAAAGUCUUCAGCAGGGUAUUGUUAAACAGAAUGAAGGACUGCGUAGACGCCCAACUUCGUGACCAACAGACAGGAUUCCGUAAGGAUCGAUCGUGUACAGACCAAACCGCACCUCUACGAAUCAUUGUGGAACAAUCAAUUAAAUGGGAUUCAUCACUUUACAUCAACUUCAUUGACUACGAAAAGGCAUUUGAUAGCGUGGACAGAACAACACUAUGGAAGCUUCUUCGAUACGACGGCGCACCUCAGAACAUAGUCAAUAUCAUACGGAAUUCGUAUGAUAUGACCUCCAUGCGGUGUCAUUGAUGAACGCAGUGAAUCUGAUGCAGAUGUAAAGGCGCGGAUAAGCAAAGCAAGAGCAGCAUAUCUACAACUGAAGAACAUCUGGAACUCAAAACAGCUGUCAACCAACACCACGGUUAGAAUUUUCAAUACAAAUGUCAAGACAGUUCUACUGUAUGGGGCGGAAACCUGGAGAACUACGAAACCCAUCAUCCAGAAAAUACAGGUGUUUAUUAACAAUUGUCUACGCAAAAUACUUCAGAUCCGUUGGCCGGGCACUAUUAGCAACAACGUACUUUGGGAGAGAACAAACCAUAUCCCGGCGGAGGAAGAAGCGCUGGAAUUGGAUAGAACACACAUUAGGGAAAGCACAAAGCUGCGUCACAAGACAAGCUCUCACAUGGAAUCCUCAAGACCAAAGGAGGAGAGGAAGACCAAAGAACACAUUACGCCGAGAAAUGGAGACAGAUACGAAAAGAGUGAACAGCAAUUGGAUAGAUCUAGAAAGGAGUGCCCAGGACAGAUUGGGUUGGAGAAUGCUGGUCGGCGGCCUAUGCUCCAUUGGGAGUAACAGGCGUAAGUAAGUAACAAAGGCAAGAUCUUUAUUGAGAUAACUAGGAUUUUUAAAUGGUAAAUAUGGAAAUGUAACUUAAAAAGCAUUAUGUAUGGCUUGCGACACGUCUCAUUGUCAAGCACAUUGAAAUGCAACCAAUGUUAAAUGCAAAACUGUUUAUAUGUAUCAUUACCAAGGUUUGAUUUGUUAAUUUCAAAUAAAUUGAGCAUUGGGUAGAUUGUUAUAAAUAAGUAAUAUAUUUGUAGUAUCCCAAUGAGUAGAAAAUUAGAUUUUCUUUUUAGUUGAAAUAUUACUAUCAUUUUACUUUCAUAUACUUUAUUCUGAAAAAUAAAAUUUGGAUGUCGUAUGAAAUUUCUUUUACGUAGAGAUUUAUAUCAUUUGUAAAUAUAAGUCAUUGUCAUAAUUUUCCUUGACUGACUUAUUGAUCGGAAAACUAUCCUCAUUCCUUCAGGUGCAUGUAAUCAAUAUUGAUUCGGUCAGUGUUUAAAUAACAUAUUUUCUAUUGCUGUGAUUCCUAUAACGUGUUUGUAGGUAUUUUAGUUACUUUCGAUGUUAGUUUGCAAUCUACGGAAACAAAUGUUUAUGACCUUUGGAGCAUACAACAAGAAAAAUAAAGUUAAUGAAUAGACUAGCUUAGGUUAUCAGCAACUUUCUCAACACUCAGUAAAUUUGUUGUACCCGGAACUAUUUAAGUUUAACUUUCACGAAAGAUUUCAUUUCACUUGUCUGAAGUUGUCCACAACUUCCUUGUGUAACGGUAUGCUGGAUGGAAGGACAUAAAUUUAUCAAAGGUUAGGACUUGGAAUGAAAUGUUUGUUAAAGAUUACAUUCAUAUUCAGUAUUCACCUACUAAACGAACUGGGAAAUGGUCAAAGUGUCGGGAAUAACGUUCACAUUAUAACCGUUGACUAUAACCAACUCAUCCAAGAAAUCUAGUAAACUGUCCUUACAUGCAAUAACAUAUCACAAGGGUACUGAGCAUAAACUGCCUCGCAAGCUGAAAAUAAUUUUAAAAUCUUGAAUAAAUAUAAACUUUGAUUUAUGUCUUGGUAAAGAAAAAAGAAAAUAAACAUUUCACAAAACAUACUGAACAGAUUUCGACUGAAAUAUCAUAUAAUGCAUAAGAUUUAAUGGUAAAAUUAGUAUCCACUCGGUUUGCAUCCAAAACGAAAAUGAUACUAUACUUCCCAGUCGUUAAUUUUCUUGUAGUCAUUUGCAUCAUAGAAAUUCCCAAUAAUUAACUUUAACUCAGCUAAUCUCCUCUAGUAUAGUGAUGGUAUUUAUGGUUGGAGUCUGUAGUAGAAAUCCUUUGUUUACAGUUCAUUAAAAAUAAUUUGGCUUUUAGGUUAUUCGACAUUCAGUGUUGAUAUUUCGACCGAUUAAUGGAUGAAAUGGCGAACUUUCCAGAAGCCGUAAAUAAAAGUGAACUGUUUAUUAUGUAGUGAAUCUACUUCUUCUUGUGCAUAGUCGAAGCGAAAAUAACAGUAUUUUUUCUUCGUAAGAAAACAUAAGACCAUAGCUGCUUAUAGGGUUCGUGUCAGAAUUAUAUGCCACUGUGGUGGAUAUAUAAUGGAAUUCUUAUGUGGUUAAGGGCUUUUUUAUAUUACUGAUAUAUACUUUCUGUUAACUUAGAUUCUGUGUUUGUUUUUCAAAACUAAAUGUGAAUAUAGAUU